ACAAGCAGGACAUAAAAGGCUUUGUUCGUGAUUUGCGGCUUCAGAGGAACUUGUGUUACCACUGAUAGAAGAGAGGAAACUUGUAGAGAUGGGCUACCUCCCCUUUUUCUCCGCUGAGACAUGGACCCUUCUGGUUGCUCUCAUCACACUGAUCCUUGUGUAUGCCUGUUGGCCAUAUGGAACAUUUAAAAGAAUGGGAAUCCCCGGUCCCAAGCCAAUCCCUUUUUUUGGCACUAUGCUGGCGUAUAGAAAGGGCUUUACUACCUUUGAUGAAGAAUGUUUCAAGAAAUUUGGGAAAACAUGGGGCAUUUUUGAUGGCCGUCAGCCUGUGCUGUGUAUCACAGAUCCUGCCAUGAUAAAAACAGUUCUCAUAAAGGAGUGUUACUCUCUCUUCACCAACCGCAGAAACUUCCGUCUGAAUGGGCAAAUGUACGAUGCUGUGUCCAUCGCUGAAGAUGAUCAGUGGAGGAGGAUUCGCAGUGUCCUCUCUCCCUCCUUCACCUCAGGAAGACUGAAAGAGAUGUUUGAAAUAAUGAAGAGGCACUCUGCUUCUCUGAUCAGCAGCAUGAAAAAGAAGGCAGACAAGGAUGAGCCCUUAGAGCUUAAGGAGUUCUUUGGACCCUAUAGUAUGGAUGUGGUUACCAGCACAUCAUUCAGUGUAGACAUAGACUCACUCAACAACCCCUCAGACCCCUUUGUCGCUAACAUCAAGAAGAUGCUGAAGUUUGACUUGUUCAACCCUCUCUUCCUCCUUGUUGCCUUCUUCCCCUUCAUGGGUCCUAUAUUUGAAAAGUUCGAGUUUUCCUUUUUCCCUGCUGCUGUCAUAGACUUCUUUUACGCUGCACUGCAGAAGAUCAAGUCUACUCGAGAGACCAGCAAACAACCGAGUCGGGUGGAUUUCCUUCAGCUGAUGAUUGAUUCCCAGAAAAACAAGGGAGAAGAUGAGGAUAAAGGUUUAAGUGAUCAUGAGAUCCUUUCUCAAGCCAUGAUAUUCAUCUUUGCUGGUUACGAAACAAGUAGCACCUCUCUGACUUUCCUGGCUUACAAUCUGGCAACAAACCCUCAUGUCAUGAAACUGCUGCAGGAGGAGAUUGACUCCACUUUCCCUAACAAGGCUCCUAUUACAUACCAGGAACUGAUGCAAAUGGAGUAUCUAGACAGCGUCAUCAAUGAGUCUCUCCGAUUGUUCCCCAUUGCCCCACGUCUAGAGCGUGUGGCAAAGGCGACUGUGGAGAUAAAUGGCCUUGUAAUUCCAAAAGAUAUGGUUGUCAUGGUCCCCACAUGGCCCCUGCACCGGGACCCUGAUCUGUGGCCCGAACCAGAGGCAUUCAAACCUGAGAGGUUCAGCAAGCAAAACAAGGAGAAUAUUGAUCCCUACACAUACAUGCCUUUUGGAGCUGGACCAAGGAACUGCAUUGGCAUGCGAUUUGCUCUGGUGAUGAUGAAACUUGCUUUGGUAGAGAUCCUGCAGAGGUACAGCUUCUCUGUGUGUAAGGAGACCGAGAUCCCCGUUGAGAUAGACAUCCAGGGUCUGGUAGCGCCAAAACGACCAAUUAAACUGAAGCUGGUGCCACGUUCUGAAUCCUCCAGCUAAAAAGCCAAAUGAUGGAAGAUUCUCAUUUUAUCGUUUUGUGUUGUUUACAGACCUAUCAUGUAUAAAAAUGAUUUGAACCAACAAAACAUAGUCAGUUUUUCAAGACAAUAGUAUAGUUGUGUGCACCUCUGUUAGCAUCAGUUAGUUCUCUUUUUACUUCUUGUUAUACCUUUAAUCUGUAUUCAUCCUAAACUGAGCAGCAUACGGAUCAUUUCUAAAGCCUGUGUUAACAAUAAAGUAUAGUGUUGAUUUUUCUCCUGCA